AGCGUCCAUCGCGUACACAAGAAAUUCUAAAACCAGCUAAAUCUAAGCUGGUGAAUAAAUAUCUAAAAGAAAGCCAUAAUAAUUUUUUAAAGUCGCGUUUAUUCCCCUUUCAAAACCUCAUUUCCCAAAAAUGUCCACUUUACCUGUCCGUAGAACUACGCGUUCAAGAAAUGUAGAUGAAAACUCCACCUCUACUACCAAUAACUUGAACCGGAAAGUUUCUACAUCAACCAUAUCGACCAAAGCACCAACCACAAAGAAAACAACUACAGUGGAAAAUUCUACAGUCCUUGAUGGAAAACGUAAGAGAAAUGCAUUGGGUGAUUUGACACGUACACACGCCAACAAUGAUAAAUCAUCCACUAUUACAACAAGAGACGUAAAUGGUAAAUUAGUGAAUAAGAAGCCUUCAACUGGUUUGGGUAAGGUAGAUCCAACAACUACAAAGCGUACAACUAGAUCAGCUUCAAAUUCAUCUAAACCCGUCGAUGAAGGUGUACCUAUCGAUCCAACAAAACGUAGAGUCGCAAAGCCAGCAACAACACAAGUUAAGUCUAAAGUUGGUAGACCGACUACAAAGAAACCAACGAAUGUCAAACAAUCUCAAGUUGAGGAUGAGAUGGAUUACGUUGAUGAACCUGAUGUUAAACGUCAACGUACAUCUUCACCUGGCGAUGAAUUAUUAUUGGAAGCACAAAGAUUUGAAGCUGAUGAGGAAAGACGUAGACUCGCGAAAGCAAAGCAAAACUUACCUGCUGCUGAUGAAGGUUGGGAAGACUUGGAUGCUGAGGAUGAAGGUGAUCCACUCAUGGUUAGCGAAUACGUCGUUGAGAUCUUCGAGUAUAUGAAAGUACUUGAACAACAAACAAUGCCAAAUCCAAAUUAUAUGGAUAAUCAAAAGGAAUUAAGAUGGAGAAUGAGAGGUGUUUUAGUAGAUUGGUUAAUUGAAAUUCAUCAUAAAUUUAGAUUAUUACCUGAAACACUCUUUCUAGCAAUCAAUAUUGUUGAUAGAUUCUUAUCAUUAAGAAUUGUCUCAAUUAUCAAACUUCAAUUAGUUGGUUUAACUGCUAUGCUUAUCGCUGCAAAAUAUGAAGAAGUUAUGUGUCCAACUGUUGCAAACGUCGUUUACAUGUCAGAUGGCGGUUAUGAAGAAUCUGAAUUAUUAAAAGCAGAACAAUACGUUUUACAAAUUUUAUCUUGGGAUUUAUCUUACCCAAACCCAAUCCAUUUCCUCAGAAGAGUUUCAAAAGCUGAUGAUUAUGAUAUUGAAACCAGAACAUUAGCUAAAUACUUCAUGGAAAUUUCAUGUGUUGAAGAGAAGCUUUUAAGAUUUCCACCUUCACAAAUUGCAGCAGCUGCAACAUACUUAUCUAGAAUGUGCUUAGAUAGAGGUGAAUGGUCAGCAAAUUUAGUACAUUAUUCUGGAUAUUCAGUUUUGGAGUUACUUCCAUGCGCUCAAGUUAUGUUAGAUUAUGUUAAAUCAAAAGAUAUAAAGCAUGAUGCCUUCUAUAGAAAGUAUGCAUCAAAGAAAUUUUUAAAGGCCUCCACUUUCGUAAGGGAAUGGGCAUUAGGUUUAUAUGGACCAGAUGGUCAAGCGAAUUUGGAAGCUGAGUAUAGACAAGAAUGUGAAGAUCAAGGAAUUCAACCUAGAUAAAUACAAUUAAAAGGGAGAUUUAUAUUUUAAAACUUAACAAUUAAACAAACGCAUCUUUUAUUAUGGCUUUUUACACUAACACAUGAAAAUCUUUACAUUCUUAAUUUUAUACAAUCACGCUCAUUUUUACAUAGUUAACAGAGAAAGAGACUUGAGAUGUUUAUUACUCUUUUCUUCAAUGAAACUACCUUGUACAUUUUAUAAAGAAUUUAAUUUAAAUUCAUAUAGCUUCGAUUUUU